AUGAUAGAAAAGCGUAUGGAUACCUGAAUAUCAUACAUGCGGAAAUAUCCUGUAUUGAGCUGAGGCUCUUAUCCUUGAUACGUAGGUUCAUAAGGAAUUCAGCUUCUACCGAAAUAAAAAUGAAAAUGUAAGGCUCAAAUUCCAGUUUAGUACCUAAAAUGUGCCAUAAAUCACAACAAUCACCAUAACCUCGAAGCUUAUUUUUGACGGGUAAACUGGGCAGGUGUCAAGAGGUUUAUCUGAAGAGAAAAUCAAACCCAAACCGUUAUCGUCUCCCUCCUCUUGGCUCUUACUGUCCCUUUAGAUAAACCCACAAAACAUUAUUGUUUUUUUUUUGUUCUUUUCAUUUUUCAAGUAUUGUACAAUCUGUUGUAGUUGGAUUAGGUUUCUACAUUUUUCUAUUUCUUGGCCCAGUUUCUUUGGCCAUAUUCACUGUUUUAUCUUUGAAAUUUGAGAAAUAUGAUUGCUACACUUGUGGGGUUUGCGUGAUUGGCUGAUUUUUAUGGCUAAUUUCGCGUGUUUAUUAAGUUUGUUCGAGCAAGAUUGCGUCUUUACGGCUUCAUGAGGCUGAAAAAUGUGGAGGUUCUUUCAUGUUCUUGAUGAGCACUUCAAUUGUCCUAUGUCAAAAUCUGAUAUUGUCUAAGAAUAGUUGUGUUUUUGAGAGUUCGUUUCGGUGGGGCAAUGCUUGGAGUUCUGGGGUUCAGUUGAGUCGUCGGAGGAGUUGUGGGCUGGUGCCAAAUGCCAAGAAAAGGCAUGCAAAGAAGAGGAGUUGGUGGCAGAAGUUCUUCUUUGAUGAGGAUGGGAAUUGGCUUGGUUUGAAGGAUGAGGAUGCAUUCGAAGUGCUUGAGGAGGAGGAGGAGGAGCCGAGUGAUGUGGGGUUAUCUGCAAAUGAGAAGUUUGAGGCGUGGAGAAGGCGAGCGGAGGCUAUUGUGGAGCUGAGGGAAGCACAGGAAGAUGUCAAGAAUGAGGAGAAUAGGAGGUGGGAGGACUGGAUUGUUGAUGGAACUUACGAUGUUGAUGUUAGUAAUGGUGCUUCAUGGGUUCAAGACUCGAAUGGGGCUGUUGGGAAACCGGGAGAUGAUGUUGAGGAAGAUUUUAGGGAAGUGUUUUCUGGUAGAGGGUUGGCUAAGUCUGUGAGGGAUUUAGUUCUAGGCAGAGAAGACGAUGACAUUCUGUAUGAAGAUCGAGUUUUCCGCUAUGCCUCGUUCAAUUCGGCUAAAUUUUUGGCUGUCCUGGUCAUUGUUCCAUGGGCUGUGGAUUUUGUGGUUCAUGACUAUAUUCUUAUGCCUUUUCUGGACAGAUAUGUCGAAAAAGUACCACUUGCUGCACAAGUGCUUGAUGUUAGGAGGAAUCAAAAGCUUGAAAUGGUCAAGGCUCUGAAACUUGAGAAAGCACGAUAUCGGCUUGAAGUAGAGAUUGGUAAAUCUCCCCCUCUUUCUGAUCAGGAGCUUUACUUGGAGUUACGACAUAAAGCGUUAGAGCUGCGAGACGAGUGGAGAUUGGAGAACCGUAAAGCAUUUGCUAACAUUUGGUCGGAUAUGUUGUUUGGGAUCUCGGUAUUCGUUCUUCUGUACUUCAAUCAGAAUCAAGUAGCCUUGCUGAAAUUUACUGGCUAUAAGUUACUGAAUAAUAUAUCAGACACUGGAAAGGCAUUUCUUAUAAUACUUAUCACUGAUAUUUUUUUAGGAUAUCACUCUGAAUCGGGCUGGCAGACAUUGUUGGAGGUCUUGACUGAGCAUUUUGGGCUUGAGGUCGAUCCGGCCGCCAUAACAAUUUUUGUAUGCCUAAUUCCAGUUAUCCUUGAUGCUUGUGUGAAGCUGUGGAUGUUUAAAUUUCUGCCAAGAUUAUCCCCAAAGGUGGCCAAUAUUUUCCAGGAAAUGAAGAGACAUUAGGAAGAUUUUGCUAUGUAUAUGGGUUCUCUCUCGACUUGGGCUCUCAUAUUCUUUUCGCAUAUAAACAUUUUUUUUCCUUCAUAGAGAGUUCGUUCUCCACAAUAUUUGUGCACAAGAAAGCCGAACCUUCUUUAAGUGUGGUGGCUUCCUUAGUUUGCUACACGGUCUGUUGUACUAGGUUAGAACAUCAGUUGGAUUUACAUUCUUAUACACUCAGAACUCUAGGAAAUAUUCCUGGGAACAAAAAUAAUUAUGCAGAGCUGCAUAAAAUCGUCAUUAUACUUACCCACA